AGCAAUCCACAAUGAAGGUCGGAAAACCAAAAUCCAAGCGCGUACCCGUGCGCCUGCGCCACAAGAUCGAAAAGGCGUCGGCGGCCAAGCAGAAGAAGGCGAGAAAGCUCGCAAAGAAGGACCCCACAUGGAGAAGCAAGACCAAGAAGGAACCGGGCAUUCCCAACCUGUUCCCCUACAAGGACAAGAUUCUGGCAGAGGCAGAGGAGCAGCGGAGGAAAAAAGAAGAGGAGAAUGCGCGCCGACGGCAGCUCGCCAAGGAGCAAAAGCUGAAUGGCACAGAUGCAGAGAAUGCUAUGGAGGAUGACGAUGAGUUUGAGCAGUUUGACGCCGAAGGCGAUGAGCUGCUUGCAGACGACAGCAGCGAGGAUGAAGACUCGAUGCAGGUGGAUGACAAGCUGAACCCCAUGGCCGCGCUCUUGGCUUCUGCAAAAGCACGCGCCGCUGAAUUCGAGAAGAAAAACGACGCGGAUGCGGUGGAAGACAGCCAAGACGACGACGAGGAUGACGAGGACGGCGGAGUCCAGGUCCGCAAGGACGCAUCAAGGAAGCAAUUCGACAAGGUCUACAAGCAGGUGGUUGACGCAGCAGACGUCGUCCUCUACGUCCUCGACGCCAGAGAUCCAAUGGGAACACGAUCGAAAGAGGUGGAGCAGGCAGUCAUGGCAGCAGACCGCUCAAGCAAGCGCUUGAUAUUCAUCCUCAACAAGAUCGAUCUCGUCCCUCCGCCAGCCCUUCGAGCAUGGCUCGUCCAUCUCCGUCGCUCGUUCCCCACCCUUCCUCUGCGCGCAUCGAAGCCUGCGCCCAACGCCAAGACGUUUGAGCACAAGGAUCUCACCAUGAAGGGGACAUCUGAGACGCUUUUCAAGGCCUUGAAGACUUUUGCAGAGUCACGGCAGCUCAAGCGCUCGGUCAAGGUUGGAAUCAUUGGAUAUCCCAACGUCGGCAAGUCCUCGGUCAUCAAUGCCUUGACCUCGAGACUGGGAGGAAGGUCGGCUGGCUGUCCAACUGGCGCCGAAGCUGGUGUUACCACCAGCCUACGAGAGGUCAAGCUUGACAACAAACUGAAACUCUUAGACUCUCCUGGUAUUGUCUUCCCCAACACAGAAGGAUCCAAGGAGAGCAAAGUGCAGCAACAGGCCCGCCUCAUUCUCCUCAACGCUGUGCCGCCCAGAGAAAUUGAAGACCCCAUUCCGGCUGUGCAACUUUUGCUCAAGAGGCUGUCGUCUUCGGAGGAACUGUUUUCCAAACUCAUGGAGGUCUACGAUCUGCCCCCGCUGCACACGGUGGGCAACGACAGGACGACCGACUUUUUGGUGCAGGUAGCAAGGAAAAGAGGUCGUCUCGGCAGGGGUGGUAUACCCAACAUGCAUGCUGCCGCACAGACGGUCAUCAAUGACUGGAGAGACGGUCGCAUCCAGGGAUGGACAAGCCCGCCCAAGUAUGUUCCUGCUGAGACUGCUACAACCAAGACGGCCCCCGCUCAAAAGGGUCUCGUGGGCGACCAGAAGGAGAUUGUCAAGGAAUGGGCUGCCGAGUUCAAACUCGAAGGUCUCUGGGGUGACGACUCGAAUGAUAACGCAGCUCCAGAGGCCAUGGAGAUGUAAGGGUAGUAAAAAAGAGUGCCUGGCGAAAUGGCGUUUGUGUUGGGCCACAGUGUUGGCUUUUUUCUCAGAAGAGAACUCAGUCUCGACUAGAUAUUAUAAU